GUGAGCACGCGCUUCCCGGACGGUAGCUGCCUGUCACCGUCGGCGCUGACAUCACACAGAGGAUUUGCUACAAUGUCAAACAUUCACAAGCAGCGCGAGCUCACGGCUUCCCCGCGCCACGAUGAGAAGCAUCGCCGCGUUCUGCUGCUCAUCCUCUAAACUCCGAUCACCGUCUGUGGCUUUAUUCUCAGACAGGAUGCGUUUGAGCAGGUCUAUGUGAGCGUGUGAGCCAGGUCAGAGGUCAUGUUGCGGAGGGAAUCUGAUUCCCACGGCCUCUUUACCUUUGGAGAGACGUCCGACAAUGACUGUGAGAUGGGGGCGAGUUGUGGAGAGGUAGAUAUAGUGUGUCUGUGCGAGGCCAGUCCCUGUACACUUUAUUCAGAAGCACACACGCCUACGCCGGACACGCGUCUGUGUGAACGCUGUGGGAAAAACAGGGUAAUGGUAACCAGGUACUCCGAGGGAUACGGCACAGAGGAGGAGUGUGUAUUAUCUGACCCUCAGGGGGAGAGUGACGCAGAUGCGGAUAUAGAGGAUACAGACUGCAGACUCCACGAGCCUGGUUCUCUCCAGCGAAUCAGCUCACGGAGACGGAAACGUCCUCGAGUAGCACGACAAGACACCACGGAGAGUGAGGAUGAUGGUGGGCGGAGUCAUAGAUCCCAUCGAUGGAAUCUCAGGCUCAGUCCUGACAGAGCACACAGCAGAACCAUACUCGAGGAGAGCAUAUCACAGGUCAGGCCACUGAUCAUCUGCAGGCCGAAUGUCGAGAAGAAGAAGAGUCCAGAUCAACUGCCCCGAGGCUCCAAACUGAUGUCUCUGUGGCCGUCAUCUGUCUCUCUUCCUCUUAUCCUCCUCCUCUCAUUACCUCUCUCCGUUUCCCUCAUUGUUGUUAUUGUUUCUUUCCUCCUUCCGUGGGCCAGCGCUUGACCCACCGUUCCUGCUUCAGGACAAUAAUUUCAUUCCAGAAAUUACAAGAAGUUCUACCGACUCACACAAUGUAGUGGAUAGAGUAAAGAGAAACGGGUUAUGUUUCUUUAUAACUUAGUAGAAAUACUUUAAAGAUCAUAAUAUAUUAUAAAUAUUGAAUUUGUAUUAAAUGUUUCUUUUCCUUCUUAAUUGCAUUCUGGAAAGAUUUGAAACAUCUCGAGUUUAAGCGACAGUCGUCCUUUGAAACCAAAAAGACAUUGAGAUACUUUCAUAAUGCAUCACAUUUUGAUCUAGAACCCGCUCACAGUGAACAUAACAAACUCAGCUCCUGCUUCUGCCUCAUAAAAUCUCACCUUCCGUCUCACUUUUCCUCACCCCCUCGUUUGUAAAAAUAGACCUCUCAUCUCGCGCCGUAUUUUAACAAGCCACAGGAGCGACACGUGGGGGGCAAGGUUUUCAUGGCUGCGCAGGUACUUUCAAAAAGGAAACUGGGAGGCUCAGUAGGAAAACCUGCGAAAGACAAUGCCGCCGAACUAUGCAAUCCCUCUGUUCCUACCGCGGCAUCUUAACUGCUGCUGAAGAACGUCUCCUAUGUCCUUGGCACUGUCGCCACCUUCGUGGCCCCGUCCCCUUUUUUUCCUCUGAGGAGUAGGGUUUGUGAAUGCAGGGACUUAGUGGUUCUAAAGUAGAGCAUGACCCAAUUUAAAAAGCAAUACCAGGAGAGAUCUGAUACAGCUCCCAUCGUGUAUGAUCUACAGUGCAUCUGUUUUAACGAAUGAAUUACAUGUAUUACUUUACUCACUGCAGACCUCAAAAUAAAAUGAGCUUUAGUGGAAGUAUAUUAAAGCAAUUUCAACACUAUUUCACAGUCUUACAGCUGAAACCUUGCAGUCACAUUUAAAAAUGUUGACCUUAUUUGUGUAAAUCUUUAUAAAUUAUGAUUUAAGAAGACUAAGCUUGACAAUCAGUCGCACUAUUUAUUGCAAGCUGGAAUAUCUGAAAAAUGCCAUUUUGGCUUCUCUGUACUGUACAUUUAAUUUUAUGUUGUUUUGUAUCUUUUUUGAAGUUAUGAUUGGUUUUUUUUCCACACAUCACACUACUGAUGCUUGCUUCCCUGUAGAAAAAUGACCAUUUUAGGUUAACAUCAGGUCUCAAUGUGUUAACUAGUUUAAAGUUUAAGCCAUUUUUCUCUCCUAGUUUGUUGUAUUACUGUAGUCUUACAUUUUAUUUCUACAUGUGUGUUCAUCUCUGUGUUUCUUGAGGGCCCAGAAAUUCAGUAAAACUAGAUUGUAUUUUGACAAAAA